AUGAGUAUCACCAAUAUUUUAAAGUUACCUAUAGAAAUAAUACAAAGAAUCAUUGAUUUAAUUGAUGAUAGAGAUAUAUUAUUGGCAUUAGCAACAAUUCCAGGUCUUAGAAAUAUCAGUUAUGAAAGGUUAUUUCCAAAAUUAGAUAUUUUCAAUGACAAACCAAGUUAUAUUCAAGCUAAAUUCAGUUCAUUAUAUUUUAAAUCAAAAUUUCUUAAUUUCUUGGAUGACUAUGAUAACUAUAUUCCGAAUGAAAUCUUAGCAAAUGUAAAUACGUUAUACGAAUUAUAUAAAUUAAAAAAUUUAAAUUUUCAAAAUACAAAAUUUAAAUUAAUGGUUCAUCCUCAUCAUAUAAAGCAAGAUUUAGAAUUUUCAGUUAAAUAUUUCAAGAUAUAUUCAAUUGUAUUAACACCUGACUUUGUUUAUCCAAUUACUGAGAAUCAGUAUAAUAGGAAUGAAUUUUCUUUGGCUCAAUUAGAAAAUGAAGAAAUUCAAAGAUUUUCUCCUCCAAACACUUUGGAAAAUUUUGACAUGAAAUAUGAUAAUUUUUUUUCAAAAAAUUUACCACUUUCAUUACGUGAGUUGAUUUUAGGCGACAUCAAUGACUUAAACUCAAUUAAGUUUCCUUUAUCCUUGAGAUCAUUGUCUUUAACAAAUUGUAAAAUAAGUGGAGCAAUAUUAGAUUUGAGUUAUCUUCAUCAAUUGAAGGAGUUAUAUCUAAAUGAGAUCAAUGACACAGAUUCAAUUAAAUUACCUUUGACAUUAGGAUCAUUAUCUUUAACAGAGUGUACGAUAAGUGGAUUAGAAUUAGAUUUAAGUUAUCUUUAUCAAUUGAAGAAGUUAGAUUUAAGCGACGUCAAUGACUUAAAUUCAAUCAAAAUACCAUCAUCAUUAAUUUCAUUAUCUUUAUCAAGUUGUCAGAUAAGAGGCGUAAUGUUAGAUUUAAGUUAUCUUUAUCAAUUGAAGAAUUUUGAUUCAAAUGGCAUAUAUCAAUAUGAUGGUUCUUCAUUAGAAAACGUCAAACUACCACCUUCUUUAGAGUCAAUUUGUUUAAGAUACUUUAAUUUACAAAGUUUAAAUAUUUCAAGUGAUUACAAAAACUUGAAAAUUUUAAAACUCGUGACUUGUGAUGGAUCAAUUUUAUUGUUUAAUACAAUAUUGCCUCCUGGUCUAGAAAAUUUGCAGAUUGAAUUUAAUAAUGAGGCUAUGUUUGUGUUUCGCGAAGCAGUCUUAUAUGGCUUGACUUGUGAAAACCUUUUUCCUUCAACUUUGAAAGUUUUAAAAUUGACUAAUAUGGAAAAUAUUAUACUUCGUUUUCAGUUGAAUUUACCUAACUUGGAAGAACUUGAAAUUGAAGGAGCUUCGUUGUUCAAUCCACAAGGCUUGAUAAAUGAAAGCUUAAUCAAUUUGAAAAAAUUGACAGCUAUUUAUUGUGGUUCAACUAUGGAAUCUGUCAAAUUUCCUAAAAAUUUAGAAUACUUGAAUCUUCGAAAGAAUCGCAUAAAUUCAUUAACACAAUUUAAUUUAAACGAUUUGAAUAAACUUAAACAUUUAAUUGUUAGCGAUAAUCAAAUAACUAGUAUUACCGAACAAAUAGCUCCAAAUUUGAAAAUACUUAAUAUAUCAGGCAAUCCAAUAAAUUUAUUUCAUCAACAAAAAAAUUUGAAACAAUUAAUUUUAAAUACUUCAAAAAUGGAUGAUAUUUGUAUCAAUAAUUUAGAAACUUUUCAUAUAGAAAUUAAAAAUAAGGAUCAUGAAUACGGUUCAAUUCCUUAUUACAAAUUUGAUUCAUGUUAUUAUUUAAAAAAUUUAAUUUUAUGUCUUGAAGCUAGUGAUAUAUCAAAUAUAACUUUUCCUGGUUCAAUUGAAAUUCUUGAUAUAUCUUGUAAUAUUUUUUCCGUGAAUCAAUGUAUUGACAUACAAAAAGAUCUUUACAAUAUAUCAGAGUGUAACAAUCUAAAAAUUUUUAAAUUAAAAAGCUGUAGUAAGGAACAUUUUAAUUUUGAUAAUUUACCAAUAAAUUUAGAAAAUUUUUCAAUUACUAAUUCUGAUAUAAAAUCAAUUUGUGGUUCUUUAAGAAAUUUAAAUAAACUAAAAUCACUUGAUUUAAGAUAUAAUAGUAUUGAUAAUAAUGGACUAAAAAAUUGUUUAUUUUCAUCUCCAAAAAUUGAAGUUAUUGAUUUAAGUGGGAAUUACAUUGAUAAUAUUGAUUGUAUUAGAAUUGAAAGUUGUCCGAGACUAAUUGAAUUAAAUUUAAAAAUGUCCCCGCUCAUCAAACUAUAUGUAACUGAUGAAUUUGAAGAAAAAUUGAAAUUAAACUGUCCCAGAUUAAGUACAAUAGGGGCUUUAAAAGAAAAAGAUAAAGAUCUUCCUACUGUUCAUGGUAUUGUUUAA